GUCUCCGGGUAUAAAGCCGCCUCCUGCCGCCUCCUUCCUCCUUCUUCUCGCUCCUCCGGCUCUUCUUCAUCAUCAUCAUGGGCUUCGGUGACCUGAGAUCGGCCUCCGGCCUCGCGGUGCUCAACGACUUCCUGUCGGAGCGCAGCUACAUAGAGGGGUACGUCCCCUCUCAGGCCGACGUGGCGGUCUUCGAGGCGAUCUCGUCGCCCCCCUCGGCUGACCUGUGCCACGCCCUCCGCUGGUUCAACCACAUCAAGUCGUACCAGAACCAGAAGAACAGUCUUCCAGGUGUGAAGAAGCCCCUGGGUCAGUACGGCCCCGCGAGUGUGGCCGACGCCACCGCCGGCUCCGCCCCCGCUUCCAAGGAGGAGGACGACGAUGACAUCGACCUGUUCGGCUCCGACGAGGAGGAAGACGCAGAGGCCGCCAGGCUGAAAGAGGCACGUCUGGCAGAGUACGCCGCCAAGAAGUCAAAGAAACCCGCCCUCAUCGCCAAAUCCUCGAUCCUGUUGGACGUGAAGCCGUGGGACGACGAGACGGACAUGGCGAAGCUGGAGGAGUGCGUCCGCAGUAUCCAGAUGGACGGGCUGGUCUGGGGACAGUCCAAACUGGUUCCCGUGGGUUACGGCAUCAAGAAGCUGCAGAUCGGCUGCGUGGUGGAGGACGACAAGGUGGGCACAGACAUCCUGGAGGAACACAUCACGGCUUUCGAGGACUUCGUCCAGUCGAUGGACGUCGCUGCUUUCAACAAGAUCUGAAACGUUAAUAAAAAGCACUUGAACACAA